UCUUUGAUAUUUUUUCUUGAAACGGCCAUUGCAAAGCUUUUUUAUUAUCGAAAUAACUAUCGGAAUACACCUAAGUACAGUCGAAAUGACAGAAUACAUGAUAAUCUGAUCGUAUCUAAGCUGAUUAGAGAUUGAGGACCAGGUUCCUCUCCAGAAGAUCAAGAGAUUACAACAACGGAACGUACCGCGACACGCGUGUGGUUGCAUGAGGUCGCGCAGUCGAAACAUGGACUGGCUAAUGAUCCUUCUUUCGCCUUUGGUCGUAGUCUUUGUCUAUCCAGUUGUAGUGCUUAUGAUGAUGUAUGGCGCCGCAAUUUUUCUUCACGUUUAUCAUCACAGACGGCGUGAGAUUUACAACGCAUACUCAGAGAACUAUUGGGACGGCGCAAUGCAAACGGUUGCAGCCGUGUUCGAUGCGCACGGCUCCCUUUGGCAUGGUUAUGAACUUGUUGGAAUGGAAAAGUUACCAGAUAAGGGAGCAGCACUAUUAAUAUACUAUCAUGGUGCCUUGCCUCUGGACAUGUAUUACAUACUUUCAAGACUGCUGCUUUGUAAAAAGAGAAGGCUAAGGAAUGUGGCUGCUACAUUUUUGUUUCACAUACCAGGUAUUCAGUUGCUUCUUGAAGUCUGUGGAGCUGUAGAAGGACGCUCCAGAGAGCAAUGUGUGGAGAUUCUUAAGAAUGGUGAACUAUUGGCCAUUUCUCCAGGAGGAGUUAGAGAAGCUUUGUUCUCUGAUGAAUAUUACACAAUGAUAUGGAAUGGAAGGCGGGGAUUUGCCAAAGUAGCUCUCGAGGCUGAAGUGCCAAUCUAUCCUGUUUAUACACAAAAUGUGAGAGAAGCUAUUCGGUCCAUUCAAGUUGGACGCAAAUGGUUCCGAAAGUUAUAUGAAUGGACAAAGCUGCCACUUGUUCCACUUUAUGGAGGCUUUCCUGUCAAGUUAAGAACUUUCAUCGGAGAUCCUAUUUACUUUGAUUCCAAAUUAACCAGUGAUGAGUUAGCUGGGAAGGUUCAGAUGGGAAUCCAAGAUCUGAUACUGAGCCACCAAAAGUUACCUGGUAGCAUUAUUACAGCACUGCAAGACAGAUGGAAAUUGAAAAACAGCUCAGUGAAAAACACCAAGUAAAUUAAAAUUUUUCUUCAGGCCUUUAUAUGAUAACAAGUUAAGUGAAAAAACAGUGAAUACUGACCAUAAAUUUUCUCAAUUGAUUGGUGAGAACAAAAUUACCAAAUUUAUUAUAUUAACCCAGUAGUUUUGAGGUGAUAUUUAUUUCAGACCCAGCUGCACACUUGAUUAAAUAUUUGUGUACCUGAAGUCAAUUGUUUUCUUCUGACAGUACAAAUUAUUUCUCUUGAUUUAGAUAAGAAUGAGAAAUGAAACUUUAAGAGGGCAUGUUUUGAAUUAUCGCUUAUUUUGUUUUGUUCAGUCAAGAAAGGGAUUAUUAGCUGGGGAAUAUUGCUAAAAUAACAUAUAGUUUGCUAUAAUUAAAUGAUUAUAUAUAUUUGUAUGUAACAAUCUUUAAAUUAAUAUAUUAUAUUUUUGUACAUUUUACUGUUGGAAAUUAAAUGAAUGACUGCACACUUAAGUACA